GUGGGAAACAGAAGACCGAGACCAUGACUGAGUCUGCGCUCAGGUUGGGUUUGUUGAAGAGCUGUUCUUCAGUGUUUGUUGCUGUAUCUUCAGUUUGGUGAUGGAGCCUCAACGGCAGAUCUACAAAAGACUGGACAUCCCGGAUCAUGUGCAUUACAUCAUCGCCUUCCUCAUCCUCAUCAUCGGCACUUUGGGAGUCACGGGCAACACUUUGGUCAUGUUUGCCUUCUACAGUAAUAAAAAGUUGCGGAGCCUGCCAAAUUAUUUCAUAGUGAACCUGGCGGUCAGUGAUUUCCUCAUGGCCAUCACACAGUCUCCAAUGUUCUUCAUCAACUGCCUGUUUAAGGAGUGGAUGUUUGGGGAGCUGGGAUGUAAAAUAUAUGCAUUCUGUGGUGCACUGUUUGGCAUCACCUCGAUGAUAAACCUGCUGGUCAUCUCUAUCGAUCGAUACCUGGUCAUCACCAAACCGCUGCAGACCAUCCAGUGGAACUCCAAACGCAGAACCUCUCUGGCCAUCCUGUGCAUCUGGAUCUACUCGCUGGCCUGGAGUCUGGCACCUCUGAUUGGCUGGAGUUCCUACAUCCCUGAAGGUCUGAUGACAUCCUGCACGUGGGACUACGUCUCACCUUCUCCCAGCAACAAGAGUUACACCAUGAUGCUGUGCUGUUUCGUCUUCUUCAUCCCUCUGGCCAUCAUCCUCUACUGUUACCUGUUCAUGUUCCUCUCCGUACGAAAGGCCAGCAGAGAUCUAGAGCAGCUGAGCACUCAGAAGUCCAGUCUUGUGAAGCAGCAGUCCAUGAGGAGUGAAUGGAAACUGGCUAAAAUAGCAGCUGUGGUCAUAGUGGUGUAUGUGCUGUCCUGGGCUCCCUACGCGUGUGUCACCCUCAUUGCCUGGGCAGGGCAUGCAGGCAUCCUCACACCCUACUCUAAAACACUGCCGGCGGUCAUCGCCAAAUCAUCUGCCAUCUACAACCCUUUCAUAUACGCCAUAGUUCACACCAAAUACAGAGCCACAUUGGCUGAGAAGGUCCCAGGUUUGUCCUGCCUGUCUCGUGUUCAGAAGGACUGUCUCACCUCCUCCACCAAUAGUGAUGCCUCUGUCCAGGACACCAGCAUCAGCAGACAGUCAUCAGUCUCCAAGAUUAAACUCCACACAACCACCGCCAACGACUCCAGUACUAUGGUAAUGGGAGAAACGGAGCUAAAUCUGAUGGUGAACAGGUCCAACUUGACUAAAGUGUCAUUUAGAAACUUAACGAGACAACGGAUCCUCAAAUGCUCCUCGCUGCUGAUAGAGAAGCCUCCGGUUCAGAUGAGAGAGUCGUUCAGUCUAUGCGAGCGAGAUCUCGUCUCUGGUUCCCUCGCCAUGGCAACAGCACCAACGGUCAUUUACACUAAGAAGAGCAGGAGUGCUGAUAUGACCUCUGACCUCUCAUUUAACCCUAAGAACGACUCUUUGACCUGCAGCUCCUCAGACGCUCCCACAAUCAUCUUCAGUCCAGCUCCAGAGAGCAACAUGAGAGAAGAUACAGCAUGAGGAGAAAAGUCUGGAUCUCACUGUCAGGACUUAAUAACUGACCUCACAAACACAAACUGGAGACUACAGAGAGCUUUCUCACACGAACCGACCAGCACUGAUCUGGCACUGUUAAAUCAACCCUGGUAAUGACUAGAUGUGCACUUCAUGAAGGAAUCAUCAGUGCUUGAGAAAUGACCUUUUAGAGGUGUGUGUGUGUAUGUGUGUGUGUGUGUUUAAUAAUCAAAGGCUAUUUGUUUUUAUUGAAAAGGUUUUUUUAUGUACAUUUUUUUUUGUCUGAAGAAAUUCUAAAAAUAAUAUAUUUGUACAUUCCUUUUGUCUUCACACACAUGAACCUCAUGUUACUUAUUUUAAUGACCAAAAAGUACACUUACAUGAAUUUGUUUUAUCAGCUUUUAUCUAAAGCAAAGUACAAAAUAAAAAAAAAAUACAAUAAAAAUAAUAAUAUUAUUAUUAUUGAACAAUACAGAUAUUUGGGUUAUGCUUUACAAUAGAAAACUAUUUCUUUUAACUUCUAAGUUUAAUUAAAUAUGUACCUUAAUGAUUCUUUGUAAUUAUUUGUGCUAUUUAUUAGCAAUAUCUAAGAUAUAAGAGGAAGAGAAUUAUUUCACCACCAAAGUUCUUUUUUUUUUUUCUUCUGUAUACUAUUUCGCUUUGUUUGAAUUGUGUGUGUGUGUGUUUCUUUUGGAAAUAACUACAAACCAAUAUUUGUUGCCAAAGCCCUUACUUAGUGAUAUAUGUUUCAAUAUACACCAUGAAUACCGAACAACUUUGUAAUUUCCACAAAUAGGUAUGAAGCAUCUCGUUUUUAAACAAAAUAACUGCUAAUUGAUUAAAAAAAAAAAAUCACAUUAUUAUUUUUUUUUAUUUAAAUCUACUGUUUAUAAAUUUGAAUAUACUGUACUGUUGGCAUUACCAUGGAAAUGCUUCAUUUUCAUCCUUCAUCCAGCAGAGGACGCUGAAUAUCAUGCCAUCACAACCUGUUUAAAUGAUUCCCAGAUUAUCUUUAAUGCAGAAUUGAUUCAGUAAAUAGUGUAACUAUUGUCUCACCUUAAUAUCUGUAAGACUAGCCUGUGCUUCAGAGAGAUUUGACUGUAUUUAGAGCACAUUGAUUUCUAAACAGUCCCCUCAUUUGUCUCUGUUGCUUUAUGAGUGCAUUAGCUCAGAGCGUAAAAUAAACUGGAAUCACUCUCA